GCGAGGGUGAAGAAAUCGGCCCUUAGUUACCUAUUAUAAAUCUCCUAAUGUUACAUAUUAGUGUGGAAGUUAUUUUUACGAUGUUGGAGUUUUAUCCAUCGCCGGUCAAAAAAUGAAUCAAGGUUACCAAAAAAAUUGGGUAAAAAUUGAGUGAAAUUGGACCAUUUUAACAUACGCCACAAAGCUAUUGAAGUUUUAUUUAUGGGAAAUACAUUAGUUUUAUAUGAAAAUUCAUAACUUUUUUAAAGCGAUUAAAAAAUUUUGAAGCUUGGUAGAGUUUAAGCACACUCUGAAAGAUAGUUAUGGAAUUCGCGUUUCGACUUCGUCUCAUCAGUAUCCGGCGCUUUAUCCUAUAUAACAAUAAAAUGUAGUCACCCUUCUUUUAUUUAUUCGUAACAUGUCUCAUUAUUUAUUUCUAAAAUGUCGCUUCAAUACAUUAUCAAGAAUAACUGCUUUUAUGAGCAAGCGGCUCAUAAAAAAGUGUAGAUAGAACCAAUUCAAAAAAUUUCCGUUCGGUCCAGACGACAAAGCAGACGCAUAAACGAAUAAUAACGACAAGCGACACCAUCCUCAACCAUUUCGUUCAAUUAAUUUAUGAGGCAACACUGACGCGAAUAAACUCUUCAAAUGGUUUGAUUUUUCAAUGAAGACUGAUUGCAUCUUGAGUUUGAACGGGCAUUGAUCAGAUGGUAUGCGAUUUUCAAUAAACUUCUGUAAAUUAACACUGUACUAGUUCUAUCCGGGUUUUCUACACUUCGCACAUUGCCGUCAAGAUGUAGCCUAAAAUUAUCCAAAAUAUUACGGAUUAUAGUAAAUUUAAUCUCGACUGUGAUCAGGUAUGUACGAGAUAAGCCUUAUAAUUCAAAGUGAAAUGGGUUACGAACAAUGUUAAAAUAAAGGGUCAAAUUUCGUGACAGAAUGUCGUAGUUCAGAACAAGGUACUUGAUAAUCUACAAUUUCAUGAUUAUUCUUUAUGUUCAACAACCCUUUGAUUUAUUAUCAAAAACUAAUCCUGGUCCUUUUUGCCUAUCUAACUUUUUACGUUUCAUAAUGGCAAUAGUUUUAUUUAAUGUUACAUAAUUUAAUGAAAUUGGAAAUAUUUUAAUAAUAUACGCUGUAAAAACGUUUUUUUCAUUAAGAUAUAAAAGAAUUCUAUGUUAAAAAUAUUACUUCGCACAUCAAGUCAGCACGUUUGCAACGAAACCACCAACUUACCACCAAAAAUACUCCCAUUCUACGAAACCCUUGGAAAUUAGAGGUAGAUAAAAAUAUAGAAAGAUGAAAACAAAACGUUUCUACACUGCUUAAUGGCCACGGUUAUUCACUGCCUCUCAAAUUGUUACUAAAACCAACACGACAAGAAACAAAAAUCAACGAGAUACCUAAUUGCAAUAGUUUUUUUUUCUGAAAUGAACAAACAAUAAAGAAGUUGAUAAGACACCGACGAAAUACUUAUUUGUACAGUUCAAUUCAUCACCUGGUGUGAAUUCAAAAGAGGCUAUACUUUUUGAAAAUAAUUUGUUUUUUGCCUUUCUCAUAUAGAAAGGUUAUGCAAUCACUCUAAAAAUCGUCAACCGAAUCCCGGUCCGGAAGGCCGAAUGUCAUAUGCCAUUCGACUCAGUUCGUCGAGAUCGGAAAAUGUCUGUGUGUGUAUGUGGAAAAAUAUAUCACCUCUGUUUCUCAGAGAUGGCUGGACCGAUUUGCACAAACUUAGUCUCAAAUGAAAGGUACAACCACAGAUAACAGACGUUUAGGCUCGAUUUGAAUCGUGUGUAAAUACCCGCUACUGGAAUUCCGAAUAAAACAGACGUCUGAAACUCGUUUGGCAAACGUUUGUAAAUGGCGCAGUGAUGGAUACGAUGCAGUUAUAUUACAGCUGUCAAACACGUGUAGCAAACAGUUUCGCAGAUGCCAAUAUUGAAACACGGAUUUCCAACGUUUAUCAAUUUGAAAGUUUACACAGGUUUUUGAAGAAAUUUUGUUCUAGCCUAAACGUCUGUUAUCUGUGGUACAACCUUCCCAUCGGCUACUAUUGAAUUUUUUACUGACUGGACUUCCGGUUCCAGAGUUACGGGUUGAAGAGUGCGUCCUCACAGCACAUUCCCAUAUAAACUGAAAUGAAAAAUUCUCAAAGGGGAGAGUAAGGGAAAAUUUUAAAAUCGAAUUUGCAUUUUUGAUGCCAAAUGACUUUAAAAUGCAUAAAACGUUGAGAUUUGAUGAAACAUCGAAAAAAAAUUUUUUGACUAAAAUUGACUUUUUUGGACUUCGGCAUAUUUUUGCUUUUCUCAUAUAGAAAGGUUAUGCAAUCACUCUAAAAAUCGUCAACCUAAUUUUUUUUACCUAUAAAGAUUUAAAACAAGUUUAAACUUUCUUAACAAGUUGAAAAUUUUCGGCACGGUCCGGACCACCGGAUCUUCCUUAUUGAUCCGCCGCUUGUUUUAAGCGAUGUUUCAGUGUCGACACAUAGUAUCUCAAGAUCUUGCCUGUGGAUCCAUUGUAUGUAUGUGCAAAUCGUACUGAAUAUGUAAUACACAUUUCCAUCAUUGUAUUAAACAUAAACAGUCAUGGAAUCGUAGUUUGGACAAAUGAGAAAGGCACAAUUGCACCACUAGGUGGAUUAAAACAGGUUUUUUAGAUUAAAAUCUUUUUGACAAUGAGGAUUAUUAAGUGUUGCCAUUUAUUUGUCUACAAUAUUACUGUACACAGCAUUUCGAUUAAACAAACCGCGUUACGGUGUAGUUUUCACGUUAGUGUUAUUUCUACAUCAAGGUUCUGCUAGAAAGCCAAUAAAAAUUAUGGUACUGAAAAAUGGAAUCGAACUUAGAUUUAAAUAGCUGAGCGAAGAUUUAACCAAAUUAGAAACGAUCGACCAGUGCCGAUAUGCUUACCUUUGUGGAAUCAAGGAGCUUCUCUUUCUCUUUAAUUAAUCAAUUUGAAGACUGAUACAGGCAUAUAUACACUAUUAUUAUAUUUGACGCAUUUACCCUAUUACAAAUCGCAACAUUUUGCACACAAUGUUGUCAUUAUCAUCAGGAAAAAACAACUAAUAGUCAUGCCACGAUUACUUGUUGAAAGUGAUAAAGAAGUAUGGGAAUAAUCAAUUUGGUUUGGAGGCUGGAAAGAUGACGGUUUUUUAUUGCGUAAUUAGUAAUUAAUCCUAUACACUUGUUUUUUUGGAAAACCACUUCAGUAUAACUAAGUACUACCGUGUGAAGUAUGCGUGCACUGAAUGAGUACAUGUGCCUGAUAACCGUUAUCUUAUAAUUCAGUUUAAAACUGAGUGGGGUAUUUAUUUAGAAUUGGACGUACCCCCUGCAAAUAUUUGCUAACUCGCAUACAAGUGUACAUUUUUAAGAUGAAUGAUGGUGUUUAUGUCUUUUUUUGUUCGUUAUCAGGAGUCGCAAUUUUGAUGUACAAUGUUUUGAGAUCAUUGGUUUAUAGGCCUGCUAGUAGACAGUUAUUAAUAGUUCAGUCGGUUCAGUUGGAUUGUGGAAGUAUUUUAAAAACACAUCAGGUUGGUAUCAGUGUCAGGUCUUAUGUUAACAUAUUCUAAUAAUACAACUUGACUCACAUGUUACGUCUGUUUGUCUGUGCUUGAAGAGAAAACAGAACGUUGAGCAUAGCACCAAAGUAUUUGAAAGGUUAUUCUAGUACUCAGUUCUAAAACAGGAGAGAAGCACGCUUGGAAUUGCUCUAGUUCACGCUUCUUGCACCCAGUUUGUCCGGAACAAACGGGACCAAAAAUUUAAUAAGCUUGCAUACAGGUCUACUAGAAAAAGAGAAAUAGCGAAUACAGGGACAAUUUUCUCUCUGUAUCCUCAGUACUUCCAGGUACUAAAAAACCUAAUGAAAUUCUAUUGACCGUUAUGAUUUUUUCAUACGGUAGUGUUUCAUCACAAGCGUGGUGAAUAUGCAUGCACAUAGCAGAACACUACGGAGUACCAUGGCUGAAUGCAGGAACUGGGGUGGUAUUUGGGGUUGCUAGGCAACAUAAAUUCGUCGUUAAAAGACAGAGGAAGAAGCUAAUUUCUUUCGCUAUUAACCACGGUCGCAGUACGUUGCUGCUCCGCAAAUUUUCCGGCGAAGAAAAAAUGGCUGCUGAGACUGAUGCCACCGAUCAGCUGUUUGACCAAAGCAGCCCCAAAAGUGGAUCGACCGAGCAAUCGGGAAACGAUGCUUCCGUCGACGGCUGCCAGAUCAAGUGUGCGAACUGCGACCAGAUUUUUACGCCGGAUCGGUUCGAGGAGCAUGUGUGCGAGUACGAUGAGAGCAAAAAACGAAUCAAUCUGGGCAGUGUGUUAGAUGGCCAUCCGUGCUUCAAGCAAAUCGAAGAAAACAUCGAGCUAUGGAAAAAGUUAACCAGAAAAGGAAAAAGCGAAAAUGAAACGGAAAAGCGGAAACGACGUUCCGGAUUAAAGGAUACAUUACGGGAGUUGCACAAUUGUUCGUACUGUGAUAAAAAGUUUGUGCAUGCUUCUGGAUUAUCAAGGCACAUGAGCAAUUGUCAUCUAGAUGAAAUAGACACGAUAACGAAACAACCGAAAGUUCCGUCGAAAGCAUCUUCUGAGCCAUUCAAAGUAUGUUUGAAGUGUCUGCAAUGCGGUAUGGUUUUUGGAUCGGUUGAUAAAAUGAUGGAGCACCUAGAGAGAACAGACUGGGAGCAUGAAAUGGAACAAGGAAACGGCACCUAUAUGAACGACGGAAAACUAUGCUUACGGAAGGCUAUUCGAGUGGUAAUACUGACCACCGUUUUCCAAUGCGAAUUUUGUGAAAAACAUUUUUCAGACUUACCUAGCUUAUAUCGGCACGAGUCUAUGCACGAUCCGGUUGUAGGAUACGAAUGUUCACUUUGUGAAAUCAAAAUACUUUCUGUCAAAGACACCCUGUAUCAUAGAGUGAACGAAUGCGUCUUCCGCGAAGCAUGGAACAACGAAUUCAAAAAUCUUUCCAAAUAUUUUGCCUGUAACGUUUGUGACGAACAAUUCGCAAAUUUAGCAGUGCUGUAUGAGCAUCGAUACGGGAACUAUCAUCUAUUUCCUCGCCUUUCAAAAGUAGACGACAGCGCUGAGCCAUUCAAAAUUGGUUGUGAGCUUUGUGGCAUAACCUUCGACAAUGCCGACUCCAUUUUUUCUCACCACGCAGAUUUUCAUGCUCCAAAAAGAACCAGUACUCUUGGAACUCGUCGUCAACCAGUAGAAAAACCCAGCACUGUAUCGCUAAGUUCACCAAGCUCGGCUACCAGGCCAUAUCUGUGCGAAUUGUGCGGUAAAACUUACACUCAAUCAAGCCACCUGUGGCAGCACUUGCGUUUCCACAACGGAGUCCGUCCGUUUACCUGCCCAGAAGCUGGUUGCAAUCGCAGCUUUACUAUUCGUCCUGAUCUGAAAGAUCACAUUCGUAAGUGCCACACUGGAGAGCGUCCGUACCAUUGCGCUCUAUGUGACAAGCGCUUUCUCACAGGAUCCGUGUAUUACCAGCAUCGCCUAAUUCACCGCGGUGAACGGCGCUACGGUUGCGAGGAAUGUGGCAAACGUUUUUACAGAGCCGAUGCACUGAAGAACCACCAGCGAAUUCAUUCUGGUGAGAAACCAUUCAGCUGUCCCCACUGUGAGAAGCAUUUCCGACAAAGGGGUGACCGAGAGAAACACAUACGAGUGAAACACACAAAAGGAUCGAUGAAUUGCUUGGACUAUGAAGGAUCACCUGUUACGAGUCGGGACAAAAGUAGCAGACUCCCGCUACGUAGGGCUAAGGCCACACGAAAACAGGAGGAUCACCACAAAGAUAACGAUAACUACGAAAAGGAAUCGUCGGUAGUGUAUGUCGGGGACGUUUCGCUACCGGCCAGUCUGUUUCAACCGAUAUUGAAUGAUAUUGAUAUGUUAUGAAAUAAUUGCAUUGUUUUACGUUAUUUUUCAAUUCAGAGCCAAUUGCGAUAUAAAUAUUAAGGAUAUUACCUAAUUUUGUGGUAAUGAUCCACUGCACAUUAUAUAUACUUGAACAUGUAAAAAUACACAUUUGAAUCUAUUAAUAUACCAUUUAAUACUUAAUUAAACAAUGAU